UUAUGAAAAAAGCAAGUAUGGCUACUUUUUCCCUAAAGCAUUCUAGUGGGUAUGGAGUUAGAUCUAUUAGCUUACCAACUAGAUCACAUCCAAGCACAAUUCGAAUUGAAGAGGAGCUGAUCAAGCUUAAAUCUUGGGAAACAUCAUCAACAUCCAAGGUUGAAACAAUUUGCUAUGGUCUAUGUGGCCUAGCAGAUUUGUACAAACACAUAGAAGAUCUUUUAAAAUUGCCAUUGACCCAACAAGCACUAUCCCAGCACCGUAAUGAGAAAUGGGUCAACGAGCUUUUGGAUUACCCAGUAAGAUUCUUGGACCUAUUGGGUAAAACAAGAGAUGCCAUUUUGUUAAUGAAAGGAAGUGUUGAAGAGCUUCAGUCUGCACUUCGAAGGAGAAAGAUUGGAGAUUUAGGCAUUGAAUGUAAUCUCUCUGUGUACUGGAGUCUCAGAAGGAACAUGAGGAAGGAGUGCACAAAAUCUCUGCUUUUAUUGAAGCAGAUAGAUGAGUCAUUUGGGGCCUCUCCUCUUUUGGAUCUUAAUAGCCACCUUUCUGCUGUGGUAAGAGUGCUCAGAGAAGCUAGUUUGAUCACCAGCUACAUCUUUCGGUCACUACUUGUGUUUCUUUCUUCACCAAUCUUGAAAUCAAAGGUUAUUAUUAGUAAGUGGGCAUUUGUGUCAAGAUUGGUGCAGAAAGGGGUGUUUGCUUGCAAUAAUCAACAGGAAAAUAUAAAUGAGUUGGAAAAGGUGGACUUGGCACUUAGCAGCUUGCUUAUGGAUAAUUUGAGCAAAGAUGCUGAAGCUGAGAAGAUUCAAUCUGCACAUGGAAGGCUAGAAGCUUUGGUGGUAGGCAUUGAAAGGAUUGAAAAUGGAUUGGAAUGCUUGUUUAAGCGCCUGAUUAACGUUCGAGUUUCUUUUCUGAAUAUACUUUCUCCUUAAGGUUGAAUAUGAUAGGUAUGAGUAGUAAAGAACUCGAGUUCAAUAAGGCUUUCUGCAUACCAGAGGAUCCACAUAAACCUUGCUUAUAAUUUCCAAAUGUACAGAUAGAGUUUCUUUUUUAUCUUUCUUAUUUCUUCUCUUCUUCCAGUAUACUCACAAUCUUUUAUUUUAAAAGCAUUGAAUACUUUCAAAUCUUUGUGAAGGGUGGCCUUAAAUUUUGUCAUUUCAUUACUGGCAUUAAACUGUUUGAAGAUUCAAUUGGAUAAUUUGAUCUAUAAAUAUAUAACCUAUCAAAAUGCCACUAGGCA